UAUGUAAAAUGGCGGCGUGAGAGAGGUCCGUUCAAAACAUUUCGGCGUUACCUGUGAAGGUGGUUAGCUUGUUGUUGUCAAACGAUCUGCAUUACGUGGAGCCGCGCCAUAAUCAUUCAAAGGUAGAGGAAGGAAUUUACAUUCCAGAAAAGGUGGGUCAAUUUCAAAUGUAUAAAAUAUUUGAGUCAACUGUUCAGUGCUAAUGUUAGCUCGGAAGCUGUAUUUAAUAUGACAUUAGCCGUUUGACGCUAACGUGCGGGGCCUGGUGUUCCGGUGAAAAGAGAUGCCUUCUUCAAUGAUGCCUUGCGGACGCUUGCGUUCGUUACGUUGUGCCGUUAUCUUUUGAAUGGUCGCCAGUUGGCUUGGUAAUAAUUCACGCCAUAACACUGGUUAGCUUCAUCGCCGUGUAUGUGCCGCUAGCCCAACGGCUAAACAGAUAGAGGAAGGAUCUUAUAGCUUAUGCUACAUACUAGAUUUUUCUUUAAAGCAGGUACAAUAAAAAGUAAACAUUUACAUCUAGAUAACGUUUAAUGUAUUGUAACUAUCGGUGUAAAUUAUUGCUUACACCGAUGAACAGCAGCGCCGUUUAUGUGUCCCUGAGGUUUCCAAGGCAACAAUCUGUAUCGGACUUAUUAAAUCUGAGCACACGAGAUCAACAAACUGAAAUAUUGGGAUUAGUAUCCGCCUUUACAGACGCACACCUACAUCACCCGUGUUUCCUUCAGCGAAUUCAUACAACACACCAGCUGGUAGAAGUUUCUGGAGGGAAGUUACGAAAUGAAAUUGCUUUUGUGUGGCUUAAUUCCAGCGCCUGUUUAUGAUCUGUUUGUCCCUAUUCAAGACUUUAACAUGUAAUAGAGGCUAAAUCUCAUUUUCAGUCCCGAAGAUCUGCUUCAAAUUGAUCUUCAUAAUGUUAUUAUUUUUGUUUGUCUUGUUUAAACAACUCCUAUCAUCUGACUUGCAUGAAAGUGGGUUAAACCAGUGUAUUUCCACUGAUGAGGAGCUGGAUACCAGGACUUUUUAAUCAUGUUUUGCUUAUUGUAAACUUUUCUUUAUUAAAACUGCAUCGCUCUGCUUUGUUUCAUGUCACAGAGCCGGCGGGAUGGCGAAGAGGAUCGCUGAUAAAGAGUUAACGGACAGGAACUGGGAUCAGGAGGAUGAAGGAGAGGAGGUGAGACUUGAUCAAAUCCAGAGUAUCUCGCUUUUAAUUUAUGACAAUGAAUCUGAAUUGUUGUGUAAAAGACAUUAAAAUAGAAAAAUCCCCUUUUAUUACGUUGUCAGUGUUUUUACCAACAGCCAUCAGACUUUAUAACUCUUGUGUAAAUAGUAGAUAUCUUCUUCUUAUUCCCCUCCUUCAGGCCGGGACGUUUUCAGUUGCGAGUGAAGACGUGUUAAAGAACCGGGCGAUCAAAAAGGCCAAGCGCAGAGGCAUGGGAGCAGAGGUGAGUUUCACUUUUGUUUUCGGGGUUUUUUAUAAACUCUUAAAUUCAAAGUCACAGCGUUGAUCGCUCGCUUCCUAACAUCGUCUUGUGUUUCAGGGGGAGGCCACCGGCGCUUUCAAAGGUUUCAAAGGCUUCGCUCUGAGCACGGGGACGACGGCAACGAGCGGCUCCUCGGCCCCGGUGUUUUCCGGUUUUGGAAACGGAGGAGGGUUCAAAGGCCUCGGCGGUCUGACUAACGGAAACAGCAUCGCGCCAACGUUUGGAGGUUUCUCUUCUCCUGCUGCAUCCACCACUUCACUCGGUGAGGAGAGAGGAGUCUGUGUUUGUUUUCAGUUUGAUGAUAUUUUUAGAGGAAGAUGAACAAAGUUAGAGGUGACCUUUUCUUUCUUCUCUCUCACUUGGGAGUGUCUCUCUGCUGGUCAGACAGGCAGAACAACCGCAGCAGGUUUUCUUCUCUUCUGCUGCUGUGGCGUUGGCUUUGUGAUAAUCAGUCGAUUGAUGUGCUGAAGUGUGAACAGUGUAGAUGAGACUCUCCGCAGGGUCAGACUCAGUCUGUGGCAUCUGUUUCAUCGCAGCUUGAAGAGGACGUGUUGUUUGCUGUGAAAGAGGAAAAUAGACGAAUAACAUGUUUGUUUGUUUGCAGAGAGGUUUGAUUUCUACCCGGCGUCUGCAUGCUUCAGGUCAACUUUAAAAUAGUCUGUGUUUUUUGUCAAAUUUCUCUGUUUUUUAUUUCUGGGUCACAUAAAAAGAGAAAAACUCCUGCAGGUGUUUCAGAUACUCUCACUCCCACAGCUCAAAAAUGUAGAAAGGAUAUCUCUGACACUCACAGCUGUAGUUUGGUGGGUUUUGCAGGAAAAAGUAGCACCUUAAGCACCACGGCCUGAUCUUAUUUUGCUGUGUGCUGUUUUAGACUCAUGGAGCUCCUGGAAGAUGAACUCUUGAGUAGAAUAGCACCCUCUGCCAUCCGAGUGUGAGUGCAGCAUGAGAAGCGCUUGUCAGAAAGGCUGAAAAUCAGCAUUUAACAAGUACAAGCCUGUUCACAGGUUUGAUUUUAUAAGUGGACCUUGUUUGGACUGAACUUGAAGAUCUUUUCCUGGUUUUAAAACGUCUUAAAUUUUCUUAGAAUUUGACAGUUACCACAUUAACAAAUAAGCUCUUUUAUUCCAAGAAUUAUGAUGGAUGAAUAAACAACCCAACUCAGAGAAAAUGAGACCGUUUGUAAAAUCCUGAUAAACAGAUUUUUGAUGUUUCCAAGAUCAUUUGAAGGCUUUAUUUCAUUGAAAAUGGUUCAAAAAACGACACAACGAAUGAGAAAACUAAGUAUCUGCCCAUUUUAACAGCAACAUGACUCUAAAAAGUUGUUAAUGGGUUAAGCAAACAGGUCAAAAGUUGUUUAAUGCUUUAAAAAAAAAUCAAAUGAAGGGGAUUUGUCCCGAUGUCUGGUAAAUUAAAAUCUGAUAUUUGUUUUGGAAGUCAUGGAACCUGCUUCAUCCACUCUGAAAACUUGAUAUCAGCUCCCAGUUCAAAGCCAGCACCCCUGAUGGUAUGGGGAUCACAAGAGUCCAUGUUGUGGGUCGCUACCACAUCUGUGAAGGCUCCAUUAAUGCUGAAAAAGAUCUUAAGUUUAAGAACAAUAUCUUCUGCCAUCCAGACAAAGACUUUUUCAGGGAAGAACUUCACACUUCAGAGAAACCACAUUUCCAGGGAUUACCACAGGAUGGCUCUGUAGUAGAAGAGUCCUGUAGAGGUCGAUACAAGUCUCCAGUUUUCACAUUUGUUCGUUGUCUUUGCACCAUUUUUCGGCGACAUGUCGGCUUUAAAUGAUUUGUGAACAAUCAAAAUCAAUGUUACAGCCUCUUGUAUCUAUUUUAGGACUGGGGGUUUAUAUUUGUCCUCUUUUACUCCCACCAGUGUCAGCAGCAGAGAUACCUCAUUGAUCUUCAGGGGGAACCAGGUCACAUUACAUACUGUUCAUUACAGAUGUUCAUGAUAGGCAGAGAGAAAUGAUGCUUGAAUAGGAAUAAAAACAAUAUGCAGUAAAUGUGUUUGUAAGAAGGAGAAGGAGACGGUCUGUACUGUACUCCUGUUUGAGGAGACGCUCUCUAAUGGAUCUUGACGGAUUAUUAAUAGGAAGUAGAUGCACUGGAGUUGGAGUAAAGCACAGCUGAUGGAUGAUGAUCUCAGAUUUUGAGGCUGUGGACUCGUGACAUGUGCAGUUGGAUGUCCAGAGACCGCAGCGCUCUGAGGAGUUGGUAUAAGUGGAGAAUAUUAACCGAGUAAACCUUCAGCCUCUGUCUUCAUGUUUUUUCAGUUUCUCUCUGUUUGAUUGUGUGGACGUUCUCCUCUGGCUGAUAAAACGCUCAUCUCUCUGCAGUGUCGUUGUGUAAUGGAGUUGAAAAGCUGCUGUAUUGUGUGUUUUUCUGCGUCUGUGUCGGAGUGUAAUGGAGCUGAAUCAGCGGAGGGGGGUCGCUGUGUGUGCGCGUGUGUGUCUGCUCAUGCUUUCAUUUCAUGUCGUCGUGUUGCCGCGGGGCAGGAAGGAGGGGGGGGUUGCUGAGGGGGGGAGGGGUCCGCUGUCACACUCACAUCCCUUUCCUCCAUCACCUCAGGUCUGACGUUCAACGGCCCCGCCUCCGCCAAGCCCACCGCUGACAUCACGGCCAAGCAGACCAACGGCUCUGCCCCCAGCCCGGCUCAGAGCUCGGGCUCCGGCAGCAGCGGCGGCGGCGGCAGCAGCAGUGUGAGCAACAAGGAGUACAGCCGGCAGCUCACCGCGCUCAACUGCUCGGUGCGCGACUGGAUCACCAAACACGUCAACGACAACCCCCUGUGCGACCUCAACCCCAUCUUCAGGGAUUAUGAGCGCCACCUGGCCAGCAUCGAGCGCCAGUACGGAGCCGGCUCUGCUGAUGGGGGAGCAGAAGAGAAGAAAUCCACAGCCUCCUCUCCUCCUCCUCCUCCCUCUUCAUCAUCAUCCUCCUCUUCCUCCUCCACGGCGGCUCCGGCUCCUGCAGCAUCUUUGUUCUCCUUCAGUAAAACCUCCACAGACGACUCGGCUCGGGAGAAGAGCAGCAGCAGCAGCAGCAGCUCCGGCGUCACGUUUAACUUUGGGCAGAAGGUGGACAGCUCCGUGCUCGCCUCCUUAGGAUCCAAAUCCACUCCCCCAAGCUUCUCCUUCUCCUCCAGCGCCUCCUCCAGCACCACCUCCCUCUUUGGAGCUCCCACAUCAUCUGCUGCUCCACUGUCCUUCAGCGCGAACAAGACCAGCGAUGCUCAGCCUGCAGGUAAACCAGCAGAGAAUUUCGACUUUUGCCUUUUGAAUGUAAAGAGAAGCAGAGAGGCUCAAAUCGAAGUUUUCAGAGAGAGUCACAGACCUAAAAAAAAGCUGCAAAUAUUCAGUUUCUCUUCUUAUAGAGGAUCCUGUUCGAUUUAUUGAUCUGGAUCCUCUGCCAAUUAUCUGCAACUAUUUCAAAACCGAAGUCUUCUGUAGUUUUAAAUUCUCAGAGUAGAAAUCUGCGUCUUGUUUUCUGAAUUCGAUAAGAAAUGUUAUCUGUUGGGUCGACAAAAUAGGGAGUUUAUGACAGUUUACUGGAUCAGUAAGUGUUGCAAAUGUUUCGUUGGAUAAAAGCGAUUAAGAGGUUAAAACGUUAAAGUUGGCCGAGUCAGCAGUGACUUCUUCAAAUGUCUUUUGCACCAUCAUGAAGUCCUAAAAAACGUCACUGCGCGGGGAAAAAACCCAGGAUAAAACGAUUAUGUUUCUGCACCUGAGAACCAAAAAGCUUCAAUAUCCGGGGUUUGCUUUACAUAACAUACGUGUUUUUGAUCUGAUCCUCAUCUGAAAAUGAUUUUAAGACUUUGUUUUUUGCACCAUCACUAAGUCUGAAACCAGUUUACUGUGAGGAAGAAGCAGCAAAGGAAUAUACAUUUACACAUCUGAGAUGCAACAACCUGCAAUUCCCAGCAUUUCUCUCCGUUAAAGAUCAUGUAGAGAAGAUUCAUUGAUGACGUUUUUAGUAGGAAUUUUUAUCCUCGUUUUCUUUUGCCACCGUUAUAAAGGACAAAAGGUUUUAAAGUCUUAAACUGCAAAUAAUUGUGAGACAUAUCUGUGGUUGUUUGCGGUAUUUAAAACUUUAGGGCAAAAAUCCACCAGGAUGAACUCAGAGAUGUCCAGUUUACUUUUCUGUGAGAUAAAUUAUUUGUCUGUGUCAGAAAACAAUGUCUUGUAAUGUCUUAUCAUGUCGACUCUGUAUUCUCUGACUGUGAGGAAACACUGAAGCAAAAUUAGCAAAAUGAACAGAUUUAGAUAUCAAAUCUGAACACAGUGGUAAGUCGCUGUUUACCUCGUUGUUAGAUUUUAUAUUUUGAAGGUGAAAAUGAUGCAGACUGAACGAUAAGAUGUGUGUUUGACCUCCCAGUAGGAGAAAGAAAAGCUGCUGGUUCAGAGUUAUAAACAAACAUAAAACCUGUAACAAAAGUCAGAGACACUCUGGAAUACUGACGCUCAAUUAGAGCGCCUUUUCAUCCGUGCCAGUUAACCUUUAAUAGAAGCACAAUACGCCCGAGGUGUCCAAAAAAAAACCUCUGAGAGUUUGUGAUGGAUUCAGAGACUUGGCAGCUCUUCUGCCUUUUUCAGAGUCGGAGUCAAAUAUGUGUGAGGAUCAGAACCAAACGACCCGACAUUAACGAAAGUGGAGAAACAUGUCCUGAAGGUUCGACAAACCGAUUUUAAUCCGUGCAGAAAAAAACAAGAUCAAUGAGUUUAGUUUUUAUCCGAAAGGCUUCCAUAAGUUUGAUUUAGAUUUGAGAAUUUCAGGCGAUUAAAAAAAAGUCAGAUGUUCGAGAGAGAUCUAUUAUUUUUGAUGGGACACGCCUCAGACUUUAUCAAAUCUAUUUAUUGGUUUAUUUGAUCAUAUGACAGUAAUGGCAUCUGCUGCAGCUUAAAACAUGUCAAUUCAUAAACAGGAACAGAAGGAGGAGAAAGUGAGAAAGAGCAAAAUAUGAUGAAGGACUUUUCUAUCAAUAUCUGUCAAAUUCUGUCUGCUCUGUGAGCAAGAAUCGUAUUUUUUUCUCUAUUGAGUCUUGAAAAAGUCUCAAGUUUUUUAAAUGAGGUCUGGUCAGUGGAUUAUUACAUCCUCAGGGCCCUUUUUUUUCUUUUUCUAACUUAAAAUACUUCAAACUGGAGCUCAAUCACUUAUAAAAGACUGAGAUUUACUCAGAAUCAAAUCUGAAAAAUGUCUGUUUUUCCUCAAGGAGCAAAAGAAAGUCUGUAAACUCAAAAACUCCUCAGUGAGAUUUUGUGUAAAUGGAAGAGAGACCCAAACCGACGGCACUUUCUCCCUCCAGCCUUCAAACGCUGAAUUAAAGUCAGUAAAUCUGCUUCCAGAGUCACCUUUAUCAGGUUGUCGGUGUUUGCCGCUCUAAUGUGGAUUUGUUGUUCGUAAUGAGCAGCAGAUUAAAAAAGGUGUGGAGUCCGCUGAAGCAAAUCAGGAUUAUCUCCUUCAUCCGCUAAUCUGAAGAUUAAUGAACAAAUCAGAGACGACGGUUUUUAUUCCUCUGAGCACCUGUCCGGAGCGGAAAUCUGUUCGUAAAGGAGGGUUACUUUGGAAAAGUCCGAUUUAUUCUAAAAACAACCAAAGCACUGAGUAAAAAUCUUCUUUUUCAUUUUCUCUCUGAAAGUUUUUUGUCUCGGCUUUUUUAAAAAUGUCUUUUUAAGCUUUUUUUAAAUCAGAAAUUUCCUUUUUUUUUUUUCUCUCUGCAGAUGAAAACGGAGACGAAGAGUCAGAGGAGCCCCCAAAACCAGAGGUCAAAGAGGUGAAAGAGGACGACGCUUUCUACUCCAAGAAGUACGUGACGCUGAUAAUUAAACCUGUAGAAGUUCUUUGUUUAUUAGUCUGGAAUUAUCAAGUUUGAUAUUUUCUUCUUUAUGGUUUAAAAACUUUUAAGUCUUUGAAUUGUGGACUGAAGAUGUUAAUUUUUAAACUCGUGCUGAGGUUAAAGUGUGUUUUUUUUAAAGUUCUGAAUGUGUAUAAAGAUGUAACAGAAGGAUUUAUAAACAGCAGCUGACUUCAAACUGCUCCAGUGAAAAACUGUCGGCCUUUUCAUGAGGAAAACAAAAAUACAACAAAAAUAAGGCGAAUGAUCAGAAUUUGAUUGAAUAAACUCCUCCGCAGUUUUCCUUUUCGGCUCUUCAAAUCACUUUAAAGCUCCUGUGAGAAACUUUCAGUUGGUGUCAGUUUUGGCGCCCCCUGUGGACAAAGCAGUCUUUUCUCAUUUUUUCCUCUACAGGCUUCAGUAGUUUCUCAUAAUGCAGAUUUCUAACAGUCAAAAGUUUCAUUUAUCGUGAGUAUUUUCUUUGGAAAUAUUUAAACCAGAGUUGUUUGUUCUCGUCCCUCCUCACACCGGUUUAAGGAAGUAAAAAUGAGGAUAUGAAUAAAGUCUGUCGUGUUUGUCUGUAGAUCAUAAAAGACUUCAUGAUGAAUUUCAGUCAAUGUUUUUAACAUUGAAAAAUCUUAGGAGCUUUUAUUUGUUGAUUUGUUUUUGUCUUUUUAAACUUUUUUAAAGCUCCUAUGAGGAGUUUUUGACCCUCAUAACGUCGAAUAAAAUUUAACCUUUUAAUGAUCUACAAAAGAAAAUAAGACCAUCAGCGACAAGAUAUGAGAUUUUAUCCUGAUUUUUAUUGUCUGAAAUCAGAGCGAGAGGUUAAGUCCAAACCUUCACUUCACUUCAACUUUAUUAUGUCCCAAAAAUGUGCAAAUCUGGUUGCAGCAGAAACAGACAUUUCUAUCAGUGCCGUACAUCAAAAAAAGAAGAUAAAUAAAGCUGAAGACUUGCGCCCAGAAUGUGAGAUUAUUUGAUUUUAGUCACCAGCAGAAACACCAUUUCCAAAUCAGCAAAGAGCCGUGAAGAUGUUUUUUGUUUUUAACCCUUAACCGUCGUGUCCACACAACUUUUUUGACGUGUUAAGUUGAAAAGUGUGACUUUGUGUGUCUUCCAGGUGUAAACUCUUCUACAAGAAGGACGCCGAGUUCAAAGAGAAAGGUGUGGGGACGCUGCACCUGAAAGACACGGAGGACGGGAAGACUCAGCUGAUCAUCCGCGCAGACACAAACCUGGGUAAAAAAAAAACACAGAAAGAAAACGUCAGGAGUUUGAGUGUCGGGAGGGAAAGUGGGACACGUUUGGGUCCACUGGAGGUUCAGACGAGUUCAGUGUUUUUGAAGAAGAAGAGAAGGAGGAGGAGAGGGGGGAAGCUAAAUAAAACAUCUUAGCUGUGACGAGGAGGAGGAGGAGGAGGAGGAGGCUAAAAACAGCGCUGGAGUCGGAGUUGUUUUCAUGCUUUUUGUCAGCGGCUCUUAUUUUCAGUUCACAACAAGCUGAUAAAAACACGAGCCGACCCUCCAAUCCUGCAGAAAGAUCCAGAAAUAAUCGAGUCCAAUUUAAUCGGGAUGACACAUUUACUGUUCCCGCUCCGGUCCUCCAUUUCUGCUCGCUCAUUAUCCGGCAUUAAGUUCAUCUUUUUUAGCUGGAGGAGAAAAAAAAAAGUACCAGAGCUGGAUGUUGAGAUUGUUAGCGGGUAUCAAACAAACAUUCUGACCUAAAAACAAAAUCUGAAGGUCGUAAAACAUCCAGAGUCAUAACAACAUCCGAAACUGAGAAAGAGCAGCAGACAUGUUUUCUGUUUUGUGGAGGGAGCCGAGCUGCGAUCAAACAGCUCCACCUGCUGGUCAAAGUGAAGAACUGCUGCUCUCAGACUCACUAUUGAGGUUAAAACAAAACAGUUUACCUCCAUGGAGACGUUUUAGUUCUUUCUCACCCUGACUAAGCUGAAUGAAAGACAGUCUUUCCUGCUUCUGUGUCCUCCGCUGAUCUCAAACUCUUUCCUCCUUGUCUCUUCAGGAAACAUCCUCCUGAACAUCCUGGUGCAGCCGUCCAUGCCGUGCUCCCGGGCCGGGAAGAACAACGUGAUGAUCGUGUGCGUCCCCAACCCGGCCGUCGACGACAAAAACGCCACCUGCCCCGUCCCCCUCCUCAUCCGGGUCAAGACGGCCGAGGACGCCGACGAGCUCCACAAGAUCCUUGAGGAGAAGAAAGGCUGAACCUCCCCCAUCCCCCUCCUUUCCUCCCCCAUCCUCCCCGUCCUUCUCCCCCCCCCACCACCACACUUGAGCUUUUAGCAGACUCAUCUUCUGGACUCAUCACACCCGGUUUUAUCCACACAGACUCACACAAACAAACACACACACACAUGCACAAACACACUUGUACUUAACUCACCCGGUUAAUCACGUCAGAUCUUCACGCUGAAAUUGAUGGUCAUACUGUGAAAUGUUAAUUUAGAAUCACGAAUAUUAAAAGCAGGUCGUCGUCGUCGUGGUCGUCGCUGUCGCUCGCCGACUCGGCUACAUUCCUCCCGGUUUGACGCUGCUGCUGCUGCUGUUUUUAUUGGAGAAACAGAACGAUGUAUCUUAUAUCUCAGUGUUUAAUUUUACUGUUUUAAUUUGGUCGUAGAGUGACUGAGAGCGUGAACAAAGCGGAGAAAUAUUAUCGUACGAUCUUUUUACCACUGAGUCAUUUUGGAGAAAGCUCCGAAUAAAAAGGUCCAGUCGAUUUGGUUUUACAAAUUAAAUACCUGCAGUAACAGUUAAUGUUUUUUUAAGUGAACGUGUCGAGGAGUUAGCGUGUCUGCUGAGUCUUUAUUUUGUGCUCUGGAAACUAUUUAUUGAGUGGGCAGGAUUUGUACUCUCACUGAUCGAACCUCGUGUGAAUGUUUCCCCCCCUCCCAAGAGCUCCUGAGAUCUGCGUGAAAGAAGAGUGAAACAGACCGGUUCCUUUAUUAUUUUUUUUUCUCUUUUUAUUUUCUGUAAACACGGACUCUGUCGUUUUUCCAAGUGUCCUUUGUGUGGCCUUCGGUUCAGCCUUCGAGGUGAGGCAUGCUGUCAUCGUCUGAGAACAUUUGUAAAGACAUUUAUUGGGGAAUAAAAGGAAUCAAACCACAACUGUCUUUGAAUCUCU